ACGUUUAAGGGACCCGCUGGACUGUCAGUGUGCGUGCGUGUGAAUGCGUGUCGGGCAGUGAGUCGGUGUCAUGGCGGUCAGCAUCGUGUCGACAUCUCUUCCGUUUCUGUAUCUCCUCGCCUGCUUCCUUCAGGUUCUCAUCCAGGGACAAGUGUUCCGUGCCCCUCAGGACCACCAGGUGUUCCUGAGGUCCAGGAGAGCCAACAUGUACCUGUUGGAGGAGAUCCUUCAGGGGAACCUGGAGCGAGAGUGUCAUGAGGAGCGUUGCAACUAUGAGGAGGCGCGCGAGUACUUUGAGGACACUGAGAAGACGAUCGCCUUCUGGACCGUUUACUACGAUGGGGAUCAGUGUGACCCCCCCCCCUGUCUGCACGGAGGGAACUGCACCGAUAAAGUGGGGGGGUUCAUCUGCUCCUGCACCCCUCCCCACUACGGACCGGCCUGUGAACUGGGAGCUCCGGCGGAUGGAGGUCAGCCGGCCUCCUCGCCACAGGUCACCGCGGAAGAGCUCUUCGAGUGUCCGACCGAGGGGCCGGCGGCGUGUCACCAGCUGUGCUCGCCGCCCUCGCGCUCCUGCUCCUGCCUCCCGGGGUUCAAACUACAGACCGACGGGCGGAGCUGCCGACCCGAAGCGCCGUUCCCCUGCGGGCGACUCCCCGGCGGCCUCGACGCCAGCCCGACGGCGUGUCGCCACGGCAACUGUCCCUGGCAGGUCACCGUGCUGAGCAGCAAAGGGGCGGAGCUUUGCGGCGGUGUGGUGCUGGGGCGCCGCUCCGUGCUGACCGCCGCCAGCUGCCUGCUGACCGACCCGACCUCGCCCCCCCGACCUUCGGACUUUUCUGUGGUCGCCGGCGACGGCGAGGAGACGCUCGUCCACACGCUGUACGUCCACGGCCGAUUCCGUUCGGAUCACCAUGACAACGACCUCGCCCUCAUCAAGCUGGCCCGCCCCCUUUCCUUCGGCCCUGCCCUCAUCCAGCUGUGCCUGCCUGAAAAGGACUUCAGCGAAAACGUCCUGAUGCAUUCUGGGAGGACGGGCGUCGCCCAGAAGAGCGGAGUGCAGAUCCAGGAACUGGUCUACAUGACGCUGGACGAGUGUCGCACGCUGAUCAACGUCUCGCACCCGCUGAGCAACAAGAUGUUCUGCAUGAGGAACCCGAAUGGACCUCUGGGGAACGAGAACGAAUCCUUAAGGAUCCCGAACGAGCCUUCAGAGAUCCACAAUGGGACGUCAGAGACUCCGAACCAGGAGUCCUCCGGAUCUGACCAGAGGUCAGAGGUCGGCUCCCGGGGAUGCGGGGGCCCCUUGCCGGGGACGCCGGUUGCCACGGUGGAUCGGGGGACUGCGUUCCUGACGGGCCUGAUGAUGUCAUCGGGGUGCGACGGCCUGGUGUUCACUAAACUGUCGCGCUACCUGAGCUGGAUCCGACCCCGGCUGGAGGCCACCGAGGGUCACAUGACCUCGCAGGGGCAGGGCUAAUGUCCUAGGACGCCAUUUUCCAAAUGACUCAUGGAAUAAUCCUCCUUUCCUCUGAAUAAUAAAGAUUUUAACCAAAUGAG